GGCUCAUGGCUGUGAUUACAAGCGAUGGGCGGUAGUUGGAUUGUUGGAAAGAUUCUCUUGCUCUCGUCUUCUCCUCACCAGUCACCCCUUUACACACUCCAUGAUUACUAUGUCUAUGUAAGUGAAGAAAGAGUCACGAGAGAGAGAGAGUAUAUGUAUUGUCUGAACAUGACAACUGAUCCAUCCAUUCAAUUUCCAAGUGGUCCAUAAAAACUUUACCUCCAUUGAUACCCAUCUCCCUAUCCUCCGCACCUUCCUUCAUUCUUCCCUCCCUGAGUCCCAAAAUUGCCAAAUAGCAAUGCUAGCGAAAGAAACCGGAUUCUUGUAAUUAAUCUGUCAUCGUCGUUGUUUGGUAUAGACUGAGCUUGAUUGGAACAGUUCUAGACGAACGAACAUGGCUAGUGUAGGAGGUUGGAGCAGAGAGGAGGAGAAGGCGUUCGAGACUGCAAUUGCGAUGCACUGGGCUUCUGACGACUCAAAAGACCGAUGGGAAAAGAUUGCUUCCAUGGUUCCAAGUAAGACUGUAGCCGAACUGAAGAAACACUACGAGGUUUUGGUCGAGGAUGUAGAUGCAAUUGAAUCGGGUCGAAUCCCGAUUCCCACUUACGUCAAGGAGGCGGCUGCCAACAGCAAAGAUCAGCACCUCUUUCUUGCUUCUGCUUCUGGGGCUGCUGAUAAGAGGUUGAACUGUAAUUUUGGAACUGGGUUUUCUGGGUUGGGCACUGAUUCAGGCGGGGGGCAAGGUGGGAAAGCCGGGUCUAGAUCAGACCAGGAGCGACGAAAAGGAAUUCCAUGGACAGAAGAAGAGCACAGGUUAUUCCUGCUUGGUCUCGACAAAUUCGGGAAAGGAGAUUGGAGAAGCAUAUCAAGGAACUUCGUCAUCUCCAGGACGCCUACUCAGGUGGCAAGCCAUGCUCAGAAGUAUUUCAUUCGCUUGAAUUCUAUGAACAGAGAUAGGAGGAGAUCCAGCAUCCACGACAUUACCAGCGUUAACAGUGGAGAUGUCUCAUCACCCCAAGCUCCCAUUACUGGACAACAACCGCAUAACACUGCCGCCGCAGCCGCAGCGCCGGCGUCCGCCAAGCAUCGGCCCCCUCAACCCAACAUGCCGGGUGUAGGUAUGUAUGGACCUCCAAUAGGCCAGCCGGUUGCCGCACCGCCCCAUAUGGUUUCAGCUGUUGGGACUCCAGUUAUGCUUCCUCCCGGGCACCAUCCCCCCUACAUGGUCCCAAUGGCGUAUCCGGUGGCGCCGCCCACACUGCACCAAUAGCAGCUCCUUGCUGCAUCCAACCUGUGAAUCUACCACUGUUUGGCUCCCCCACAUCUGAUGAGAGGAAUCUCCUAUCCAAUAUGAGCUUCACUUGAUUAAGGAAUGAUGGUGAAGACCAUGGAGCAAGGGCUGGGAGUGCUCACUGCUCAGCUCUUCCAUCAGGAAGCACCAGUAGAACUGUUCUCUCUCUCUCUCUCUCUCUCUCCCCCCACAUUGAAUUAUGCAGUCCUGUUCACUGGAUAUCUCUACUUUCCAAAUGAAUCUAAUUCAUUACGUAGAGCUCCUGGACUCAUAAUGUUUGUCACUUCCUUUACUAAAUCUUGUAAAUUUGUAGGGGAAGGGGGAUUUUGACAUCAUCUAGCUAUCUUCAAGCUGGUUUGAGCCUUUAUGAUUUUAACUAAUCAGAUAUUCAGAUUUAAACA